AAAAAAUAAUAGUUCUUACAAAUUGUGUUGUGGAGAGAGCAAGAAUUCAGAAAAUAUAAAAAUUCAAAAUUCCUAGUAUAAUGGUUGAAAACUAUUUCAGCAAUGGAAGCACACGUCGCAGCUUUCAAGGUGCACGUCGUGGCUUUGAUUGCAGGCCUCAGAAAAAACCAUCGCCGAUGCGAAAUAGUUGCAAUGGACCUUCCACAUCCGCAGCCGCAGCAGCAGCCCUAAAUUACGAAAGCUGUUGUUGUCCGCAAAAGAUAAGGCCACCUACAUCAUUAUCACGCACACGUUUUAGCUCGAGUACAAUGCCAAAAAUGCACACAAAUAAUUUGCACACGGGUGCUGGCAUGAUAUCAUCAGCGCGUCAGUCAACCUACACAAUGCCCCGAAGUAGAUGUGAGCCGUCGGCAGCGACCUUAGUACAGGAUUCUUGUAGCAAUCUCAACACCGUUUCAAAUACAUCUUGUUGCUGUUGCCCACAUUGCGGCAAACCACAAGACCCAGCCCAGGCGCCAAUGACGUCACUGUGCCGGUCGUCGCCGCCAAAGCAAUCACUCCCAUGUAGAGCGAAGCCACAGCCACGAAAGGAGGAGAAACCUUCACCCGAGACGGAGAUUAAGUGUCGCAUGCGAAAAUUGCAACUGGAAAAUUUGGUAAAGGAUCAAUAUUGUCCAGGUGCCAUACAAAGUACAAUCGAUUGUGAGGAGGACUUUAAUGAAAUGUCAUUUAGACUGGUAUUCGGCUGUGCUCCAGUACCGUGCACACGACCAACAGUCGAACCGAUUUCCCUUAUGGAAGCGCUUUGUAUGCGCGUCGAGUUGGAGCGUUGUUUACUAAACAAUAAGGCGGCCUAUGUGGCGGAGUCAAGGAGGGGGUCAAGACAAAGCUCAUCGGUGACGGAUGAAGUGAACGAGUUUUUCAGCAAAAAAUAUAAGACGGCACUAAAUGAAGCACUGGCUAGUUUUCUGAAGGCAGAGCGAUGCUAUAGUGCAGAAAAUCCAGAUGAGAACUCACUCACAAUGGAUGCUCAUAUCAAUAAGACCAGCACUUGCCUACCAAGCAGCUCUUUCAAAAUUACUGCCUACACAGGCAAUACGAGACCGACUAUGUAGAAUUUUAUAAUUGUAUUUUCUAUUUUUAUACUCAUUUGCAUAAGUGUGCUGUAGUUGAUUACAAAAAUUGUUAGUAUUGUUGCAAAAUCAAGUAAUUAAAUACUAUGUUUAUAUUACA